CCGAGCCAGCCCGCCUCGCCGUCCUCGCGAAAAGUCCCUCUCCCACUCCUCAACCCCCCACUCCUCCUCCUCCUCCUCCCCCGCACCCGCCUCCGCUAACCCUAGCCGGCACCGGCCGUCGCCCCGGCGUCGAACGAAGUCAGCGGCCGGCGCAGAUCCCGCCGCCCCCGCCCCCGCCCCCCGCCCCCCGCCGCGGCGCGGGGAGGACGACGGACUUCCCCUGCCACAGAAAGGGCUGAAUGGAGUUAUAAUAGGUCACAGAAAGCUGAAAAGAGUAUGCAGUAGCAAGGCUAAACUGCUAAAGCCAAAAGCACGAUGACAUCAGCAUUUCCUCAUGUGGCCACAGAAACAUUUAUGCUUCUGUUUAGCUGUGCAAUUGCCAAUUGGACAGGUCUUUGUGAAUUGAAGUAACAUCGUUAUGUCUUCUAGCGGGAGCUCCCGUUCUAGAACUAGAAGUGGCCUUGUCAGGGGAAACAAUAUCAGGGAUCCCACCGACAAUUCAUCUGCUAGAACAAGAAGUCAGAUUGCCAGGGGAAACAGCAACAUGGAUCCCAACAAGCUAUCAUGUUCUAAAACACGAAGUGGGCUUGUUAGGGUAAACAAUAUUGUGGAUUCUAGUGAGGGUUCAUCUUCUAAAGCACAAAGUGGGCUUGUUAAGGUAAACAACACCGUGGAUUGCAAUAAUGGUCCUUCUUCUAGAACACGAAGUGGGCUUGUUAGGGCAAACAAUAUCGCGGAUUCCAGCAAGGGUUCGUACUCUACAACACAAAGUGGGCUUGUUGGAGCAAACAUUGCUAUGGAUUCCAAUGAUAGUUCAGGUUCUAAAGCACAAAGUGAACUUGUUAGAGGAAACAUUGAUGUGGAUUCCAAUGAUGGUUCAUGUUCUAAAACGCGAAGUGGGCUUGUUAGGGGAAACAUUGUUAUGGAUUUCAAUGAAGAUUCAUCUUCUAAAACGCGAAGUGGGCUUGUUAAAGGAAACUCUGCUAUGGAUACCCCCAAGGAUUCAUGUUUUAGAACACGAAGUGGGCGUGUUAGAAGACGCCCCGCUCAUAAGGUAGAAAGCAAGGAUGAACCAGUCAUUAAGGGGUCACCUGAUGAAUGUGAAGCAGACAGUCCAGGGAAAAAUAGAUCAAAUUGCAAGAGUGAUCUGGUGCAACUCAAGGAUAGCCCAGACGUUAAGGGGCCAGAUGGAAGUUGCAAAGAAGACAUACCAGUAAAGGAUCGAUUGAAUUACAAGAGUGAUCAGGUUCAGAGCAAGGAUGAACCAGUCAUGAAGGGGCCUGAUGGAUGGUGGAAAGAAGAAAGCUCCAGCAAGACUGGAUUAAGGCACACGACUGAUCUGGUCCAAAUCAAGGAUGGUCUACUCAGUAAGGGGCAGUUGCCUGAUGGAUGGCAAAAAGAAGUCAGGCCAAGAAAGGACGGAACUAAGAGUGAUCCAGUCCAAAUCAAGGAUGGGCUACUCAGUAAGGCGCAGUUGCCUGAUGGAUGGCGGAAAGAAGUCAGGCCAAGAAAGGACGGAACUAAGAGUGAUCCAUACUACACUGACCCAGUCAGUGGUUAUGAAUUUCGCUCUCUGAAGGACGUGCAACGUUAUAUUGAAUCAGGAGACAUAAGUAAAUGCAAUGUUAGGCCAAAGAAGAGAACUGCCCAGGGUGCUUGUAUUACACAGAAUCAAGAUUAUACAGGAACAUCAUCAGAAUACGCAAGACCAGGUACUGCUGAUAAGGCUAUUCAAUGUGAAUUACUAACUGAAGAAGGGAUCAGGCUACCGUGGGAAGAAAUGCUCAAGACAUAUACUCAAAAUACAAUGUUACCAGUGUCUGAAGUCAUGAAACUGAUGCAAAAAUAUGCGGACAAGGUUGAUCCCUCAGAACACAAGAGCGUGCAACCGGUCUCUCGACAGCAUGCUUCAAGGGGAAAGAGAUCUGUUCAAAGAAAAGAACCAAAUGCAGAGGUGAAAACCAAGAAGCGUAAAACCAUGUCUAAAGAAAAGGUCGCCACACCUCUCACUCCCAGAGUGUCACCCCGCUUAGUUGCACGGAAGGUUAAUCCUGAAGUUAACACUGAGCCUCAAGAUGAGCCGACCAUUGUAAAUCUUGCCAAUCAGGUAAAGCCUAUUCAAGAAAAAACUGCGGAUGUACGAAAAGUUAAUCCUGAAGGAAACACUGAGCCUGAAGAUGGACCUACCAGGGUAAGUCUUGUCAAUCAGGUACAGCUUAUUCAACAAAAAACUGUGGAUGUGAGCCAGGCAGGCACUGUCAUUCAAAUGCAAACCAAGCAUGGGAACACUGCCAAUCAGUUACAGUCGAGGCAAACAGAUGCUGCCGUUCCAGUACAGAUCAACAAGGGCACUGUCAAUUGGUCACAGCUGUGCCAACCAGACCCUGUCACCCAAAUCCAAGCUGAUACUGUCGUUCCAGUGCAGACCAAUCAUGUGGGCGCUGUCAGUCAGUUAUGGUUGAGCCAGGCAGCCACUGCCAAUCGAAUACAGACCAAUCAGGAGAGUACUGCCAGUCGGUUACAGUCGAACCAAGCAGAGAAUGCCAAUCACAUACAUGGUAUGCAGAAAUACACUACCAACUACUCACAGCUGAGAAAAGCAGACACUACGCAUCAGAAACAGACUAAUCAGAAAAAUACUGCCAGUCAGUUAUGUUCGAGCCAAGAAAAGUCACCCUUUCAGAAGCAGACUGGACAGAAAUACGUUGCCAAUUACUCUCAGUUACCACAAAGCCAUGGAAGCACUGUGAAUCACAUGCAAACUAAUCAGCAACACACUGCCAAUCAGAAUCAGUUACAGUCAAGCCAGGCAGACACAGCCAACGUUUUACGAGCUACAAAGGAAUUCUUUGUGAAUCACUCACUGCUGAGGCAAGCAGGCGCUGUGAACCACAUGCAGAGUAACCAGGCGAACACCGGCAUUCGAUUACAAAUAGGUCAAGCCGACACUGUGAAGCAAAUGCAAACCGUGCAGGGAAAUAGCUCUGAUCGGUCACAGCUGGUCCAAGGUUUACCUGUUAAUCAAACACAAACUAUUCAGGAAUACUUCACUAAGCACUCGCAGCCGAGCCCAGUAAAUACUGUGAAUCAAAUGCAGAUUAGCCAGGAAAACACCGCCAAUCAACUACGAUUCAGUCAAGCUAACUCUGUCAAUAAGGCACAAACUAUGCAUGAAAAUACCACCAGUCGAUCACAGCUGAUCCAGGGUUUGACUGUCAACCAAAUACAGGCUAUUCGGGAAAACAAUACCAGAUACUUGCAGCCACGUUAUGCUGAAAAUCCUAUCCAACAGUCUGGUUUCUCUUCGGCUCCUGAGUGGGGACAUGGAGCACCUGCCACAGGCUUCUGGAACAAUAAUGUUGAACAUCAGAAGUCGCCAGCUCCGAUGCAAAUAGACGCAGCACCUGUUGCAACCUCCUCGGCAAAUGUUGAACCCCAGUAUGUGCCUGCCCCAGAGCCUGUUUUGCCAACACAUACUGCGGUGCCUGGAGGUGCUGACCCAUCUGGGUUCGCCCUGCCAUCAUUUGGAAAUUCCUGGUCAGACCCAUGUAUCGAGUUUGCGUUCAAGACCCUCACAGGCGACAUCCCUGUUCUGGAUCCAACUGUCGCGGACUACUUUCCUCUGCAGCAAGACUUGAAUAAAGUCGCACCACCAGAUUACUCCGCUCCCUCCGUUGACGAUACUAGAAACCAUAGACAACAUGUCAACCAAGGCAGCCAGCACUCGGCCCCAAGGCCAUCAAAUGGGUUCUACAAUGGUGGCUGGUUCCCUCCCCAGUGAUGCCCCUGGAAGGCUGAAUGGAUGAACCGUAGAUUUUUCCAACUUUGUUAGACAUUGUGUACAUCCCACCGGAUGCCUCUUGUCAUAGGAUCAGAUUGGCUUCAUAGACGCCAUGCUGUUGUAGAUGAUCUAGCUGUGUUUUUGUUUUUCUUUCUUCCUGUGUAGUUGCCCGGUAAAUCUCAUUUGAUGUAUCAUCAGGGCCAACUCGCUAACACACCGUUGCAAGCACCAUAGUUUGACUAUCUUUGCAAGUGUUUAUGGUAUGCGGAUAAUAAAUGGCGGUCCGAAUCGACAGCGUCUUUCCGCAA